GACCACUGUAUUUGGCAAUGUUGCGUCCGAGAUCGCUGGAACGUCGGUCCUUCAGCCCAAUUCCCCUCAGAGCAUCGUCAAAACAUCGCUCCAGUCUGCUACCCGGUCUCAAGAGCUCGCACGGAGACUCUUUUUCUCGUUCGCAAAGCCGGGCAACCAAUAUCUGCUGGUCGAAGAUAUUGCUCGGUUUUUCGGAAGCCCUGACGAAGCCGACAAGGUCUUUGCUUUAUUCGAUCAAGACUCGAAUGGGGAUGCUACGCGCGAAGAAAUUGAGAUGUCCAUCAUGGAGAUUCACCGGGAACAGCUUUCGAUCGAACAUUCG